AUGCUAUCCUUUCUCAGAGCAGCACAUCCAGUGCGAACGAAUAAUGCGGCAAACAACCCGAUUCCUUACGAGCAAGGGCGAUCGUCCGUCACAUUCUCGGCGCCCGGGUCAGAGUACAUCAUGACACAUCGCAUCCCGCCGACAAGCAAGGAAAACGGGGUGUCCAUCAUCCAGCCACCUUUCCACUACCACAUCUACCAAGACGAGUUCUUCCGAGUGAAGUCGGGCAAGGGAAACUUCUUCCGCGACACAGACCCCAAGCCUUUCGCCACCCUCUCAGACGAGCCGAACGGACAAGCAACCGCCUCCGUCAAAGCUGGAACCUAUCACCGAUUUGAGAACGCAACGGAGACGGAAGAUCUGGUGGUGGACAUCCACCUCACCCCGGAGUCGUAUGAGAACGAGCAACGGUUCUUCCGAAACUUCUUUGGAUACUUGGACGACUGCAAGCGAGCUGGAACUGAGCCGAGCAUCUUUCAGCUAUUCGUGUUUUUGCACAGCGCUGACACGCCGUUGGCUGUUCCGAUUCCUAUCCCGUUUCUAGGCCGUUUGGCGAGCCGUGUUCUGCUCGUCGUAGUUGCGUACUGGGGGCGCUGGGUUCUCGGGUACAGGGAUACAUACCCGGAGUACUACGAUUCGGAGAAGUCUAGGUAA